AUGUCCGCUAUCCCAGACCAAUCUCGCAAAGCCACGAACACGGUCCAGGCGUGCGACAACUGCCGAAGAAAGAAGCGAAAAUGUGACAUCAAUCCUGAGACAGAUCGAUGCACGGCCUGUGAGAAGACAGACUCGCCAUGUCGUAUCACGCACGUUACCAAGCCGCGAGAGAAGCGGAAGAGGAAGCAUAUGGACACACUUGAGACACGACUACGCAGCUUGGAAGACCUCAUAAAGAGCUCGGUUGCGGGACCAAAGUCCACGUCGCCUACUCAAGGCCAAGAACAAUCCGACAUCGUGACAUCAGCCGACCCAUCGUCACUCGAAGCAACGAACUCGACCUCAUGGGACGCGGACUCGGUUCCUGCCGACGGCACAUUCGCAACCACAAGCUCGCAAUCUCAUGACAUCCCCCAAUACUGGAAUAAUGAUGAAAAUCAGUCAUUUCGGAUGCCAUCGAUCUUGGAUGCGACAGACAUCGAUUUACGUCCACAAGUCAGAAUGAAGGGUGCCAGGAAGUGCUCCAUGCCUCCUGCACAAGGAGGCUUGUUCUUACUGCAGGAAUUCCUUGUGGACUUCAACACUGCUGUCCCUCUCUUCAAUUCCGAGUCCAUCAGCACGGUGUUCCUAGACUGCUACAACGGCCGCGCCGACGGACUGGUCAUAUCCUGGGUUGUUGUGAAAAUCGUCCUUGCCAUAGCCCAUCGACUGCGCGCAAUGAGUCCUCUAGGCGUCGCCCAGGAUACUGAAAACGUGCAGACAUACCUCGAAGAAGCCAUGGAGGCGAUUCCGGCGUUUCUGCUCAUGAAGCCCACCCUGCUCAUGGCGCAAUGUUAUCUUGGGAUGGCCAUCCUCCUUUCGACCUCAUCUAAUCCUCAACCUGCAGCCAUGUUCGUUUCAAUGACGUUACGCAUGCUGCAGGACCUCCAUGUCAAUGAACUUCCUGCCGAAGGCGCGGUCCGUGCAGUCAAUGAACUGCAGCUGCAGAGGGUUUUUUGGAUUGCCUAUUCUAUGGACGCAGAUAUCAGUCUACGAGCUGGACGUCUGCCGACUCUUAGCCCAAGAUUCCUCAAUGUCGAGUUGCCCGCCGAGGAAGCGGACGAUGGCCAGGGUGAGAUCCGUGCUGCGGAAGGAGACUUCAAGAUCAACGUUUUCCGGCUGCGCGCACAGCUGGCUCUGAUACAGGCUCAACUUAUGGAGUGCACCUUGGAACCUCGCAAAUUCGAGUCAGAACAUUCCCGCAACGUAGUAUUGCAGUCAUUGGCCGUCGGACUGGACCAGUGGAGAGGAAAUCCACUGUUUGAUCUAAGCAUCGACAGAUUCCAACAUCUCUUGCACCGUUCUGACCUUUUCCAUAUCAUCGUGCUUGAGUCAGCAUACUUGGUAACCGCAUACGCAGCACGAGCGUAUCCCUCACUCGGAGCGCGACCAACGAGCAACCUUUUCGCCGCAGAUGGGCUGAUGGCAGCCAUGUCAAAAGGAGUGAUGGCAGAGUCAUAUGAUGAAGCACGGCGGUUCAUUGGUAUUUUGAAUUUGUUACCAGGCGAUAGUGUCCCGUGCAAUUGGUUGACCCUCGAGUCGGUUGUCUCCUCUCUGGUGGUCCUACUAGCACACAUCACGCAGAGUCCCGGAACAGUCGACGCUGGAGCUGAUCUUGGUGUCGCAAAACCCGUUCUCCACACUUUGUACCAGUUGAUCGAUUUCAGGAAGGAUCCGGAGCUCACAAACAUUCAGCACCUUUGCGCUGACCUCUAUCUGAGAACAGAUCUGGUGGUGCAGCAAUAUAACGCCUUCAAAAGGUGA